CUGUACUCGGUUUCGCGUACUGUUCGGCGGUGAUGGCGGUCAGCAGCAGUGGACGUUUUUCACGGCUGAUUCCGCAGCAGGUUUAGAGCAGCUUCCCAUGGGGUGAAAGUACUUUAGAGCCAGAAACACCAGAACUCAUCCUUUCUUGUUGUGAAACGCGCCUUUAGAGGAGGAGCUGCUCGGCUCUGUUCGGCUUUGCUCGGCUGGUGAAAAUGGCUCCGGUGCAGAUCGGCUCAGAUGGCCAGCUGGUGCCCGUCGGGGCUCCGACUUCAGCGCCGCAGCCUCCUCCCGCCGCCCCGGCCACUCAGGGGGUCCGGCUGAGUGUUUUAAUAGAAUUCCUGCUCCAGCGGACCUACCACGAAAUAACGCUGCUGGCGGAACUACUUCCACGGAAAACAGACAUGGAAAGGAAAAUUGAAAUAGUCCAGUUUGCUAGUCGGACACGGCAGCUCUUUGUGCGACUGCUUGCUCUUGUGAAAUGGGCAAGCAAUGCUGGAAAAGUGGAGAAGUGUGCGAUGAUUUCCGCGUUUCUGGAUCAGCAGGCUUUCUUGUUUGUUGACACAGCAGACAGACUGGCAUCACUGGCCCGGGAUGCCUUGGUUCAUGCCCGCCUGCCCAGCUUUGCCAUUCCCUUUGCCAUCGAUGUUCUGACAACAGGGUCUUACCCACGUCUUCCCACAUGCAUUCGGGACAAAAUAAUUCCUCCAGACCCUAUCACCAAAGCAGAGAAGCAGACUACACUAAACCAGCUGAAUCAGAUUCUUCGGCAUCGGCUUGUCACCACAGACCUGCCCCCUCAGCUGGCUAAUCUGACUGUGGCCAAUGGGCGGGUGAAGUUCCGGGUGGACGGUGAGUUUGAAGCCACGUUAACGGUGAUGGGUGAUGACCCAGACAUUCCCUGGAGGUUGCUGAAGUUGGAGAUUCUGGUUGAGGACAAAGAGACAGGGGAUGGUCGAGCAUUGGUGCACAGCAUGCAAGUGAAUUACAUUCACGAAUUGGUACAGUCCCGUCUGUUUGCAGAUGAAAAGCCUCUCCAGGACAUGUACAACUGCCUACAUUCCUUUUGCCUGUCCCUGCAGCUGGAGGUGUUGCACUCUCAGACACUGAUGCUAAUCAGAGAGCGCUGGGGAGACCUGGUGCAGGUGGAGCGCUACCUUCCAGCUAAGUGCCUCACCUUGGCUGUUUGGAACCAACAGGUGCUGGGUCGUAAGACAGGCACAGCAUCGGUGCAUAAAGUCAGCAUCAAGAUUGAUGAGACAGAUGGAUCCAAGCCAUUACAGAUUUCCCAUGAGCCUCUGCUGCCAGUCUGCGAUUCCAAACUAAUGGAAAGAGCCAUGAAGAUUGACCAUCUCUCAGUGGAAAAGCUUUUGAUUGACAGCGUUCAUGCCCGCUCCCAUCAGAAGCUGCAGGAACUCAAAGCCAUACUGAAGAGCAACAACCCUAGUGACAACUCGUUCAUAGAGACUGCUCUUCCCACUCUGGUCAUUCCUAUCCUGGAGCCUUGCGGACGGUCUGAGUGUCUUCACAUAUUUGUUGACUUGCACUCGGGAAUGCUUCAGCCAAUGCUAUAUGGAAUUGAUCAGUCCAUGCUGGAUGACAUUGAGAAAACCAUCAAUGAUGACAUGAAACGCAUCAUCACGUGGUUACAGCAACUGAAAUUCUGGUUGGGUGAGCAGAGAUGUAGGCAGUCAGUGAAGCAUCUACCCACACUGUGUACAGAUAUUCUGCACUUGUCUAACUCUGCUUCUCAUCCUGUGGGCAACCUAUCAAAACACCGCCUCUUCAUCAGACUCACUCGUCUGCCACAGUACUACAUUGUGGUUGAAAUGUUUGAUGCAGCUAACAGCCCCACAGAGCUGCAGUAUAAAUACUAUUUCCUAUCGGUGAGCCAACUGGAGGUGGAAGAUGGGCUGCCCUGUGCUCAGCUACUACAGCAGUUCAAGCCCAAUCUGGAGGAGCUGGUACAGGAUCUCUCAUCUGGUCGAAUGGUCCGGCUUGGAACCAAGAGGAAGCUAUCAGGAGAGCAGGGUGCUACUGAGCCUAAAAAACCCAAGCGCUCAGGAGAGAUGUGCGCCUUCAAUAAGGAGCUGGCCCACCUGGUAGCCAUGUGUGACACCAACAUGCCUCUUAUUGGCCUGCGUUGCGAGCUGUCCAAUAUGGAAAUCCCUCACCAAGGGGUCCAGGUUGAAGGAGAUGGCUGUAGCCAUGCUAUUCGUCUUCUCAGGGUACCACCUUCUAAAGGUGUCGGAGAGGAGACAAGGAAGGCUCUGGAUCGCUCUCUGCUGGACUGCACCUUCAGACUCCAGGGCCGCAAUAAUCGCACUUGGGUGGCAGAGCUGGUCUUUGCCAGUUGUCCACUUAACAGCACCUCAAGUAAAGAGCAAGCCUCCACACGGCAUGUCUACCUGACCUACGAAAACCCACUGUCAGAGCCAGUGGGAGGACGGAAGGUGGUGGAAAUGUUCCUGAAUGACUGGAACAGCAUCAGCCAGUUGUAUGAGUGUGUGCUAGAGUUCUCCCGUGCUCUGCCUGAAAUGCCCUCUUAUUUGAGCUUGUUUUCUGAAAUACGGUUGUAUAACUACCGGAAACUGGUUCUGUGUUAUGGCAACACCAAAGGCAGCUCAGUGACAAUCCAGUGGAACUCUGUGACCCAGCGUUUCCACCUUGCUCUGGGCACAGUUGGGCCUAACUCGGGCUGCAGCAACUGCCAUAACAUCAUUCUUCAUCAGCUCCAGGAGAUGUUCAACAAGACCCCCAAUGUGGUGCAGCUGUUACAGGUGUUGUCAGACACACAGGCCCCUUUAAAUGCCAUCAACAAGCUGCCCACAGUACCCAUGCUUGGUCUGACCCAGAGGACCAACACAGCCUACCAGUGCUUCUCCAUUCUGCCUCAGUCACCCACCCACAUCCGCCUUGCCUUCCGAAAUAUGUACUGCAUUGACAUCUACUGCCGCAGCCGAGGAGUAGUGGCCAUCCGAGAUGGUGCUUAUAGCCUUUUUGAUAACACCAAGAUUGUAGAGGGCUUCUAUCCAGCUCCUGGGCUGAAGACUUUCUUGAACAUGUUUGUGGACAGCAACCAGGAUGCACGGCGGCGUUCAGUCAAUGAGGAUGACAACCCUCCCUCACCAGUGGGCGUGGAUGUCAUGGACACACUAAUGCCCCACAUUCCAGCCCAGCCGACAAUCAGAGGCCAAGGAGUUUACCCACCUCUCACGUCUCCACCUACUCCCUACCAUGGCAAUGUUGCCCCAUCACCCUCCAUGAUGCCAACGCAGUCACCAGGGAACAUCCAUGCAGCCAAUUCCCCUAGUGGAGCUCUGCGGGCCCCCUCGCCCUUCGGCCCCACUCCAUCACCCUCCUCUCUGGGUAUUUCUAUGGGCCAGACCUCCAACUUUGCCAGCCCGCAUGGAGCUUUGGACCCCAGUUCGCCAUACCCAAUGGUGUCCCCCAGCCAGCGAACAGGCACCUGGCCAGGCUCUCCACAGGUUUCAGGCCCCUCCCCUGGGGCUCGUAUCCAUGGCAUGUCACCUGGCAACCCUUCUCUUCACUCUCCCAUUCCAGAUGCCUCCCAUUCUCCCCGUGCUGGGCCUAGUUCCCAGGUGAUGCCGACCAGUAUGCCUCCUCCUCGUAAGCUACCUCAGCGUUCUUGGGCCGCCUCCAUUCCCACAAUCCUCACUCACAAUGCCUUGCAUGUGCUGCUGCUUCCCUCUCCCACAAUGUGUGUGGUGCCAGGGAUAGCUGGCAGCUACCUUUGUUCUCCACUGGAGCGCUUUUUGGGCUCAGUCAUCAUGAGAAGGCAUCUACAAAGAAUCAUCCAGCUGGAGCCCAAUCUCACCAUUGUGAACUCCAAUGAGCCAGGAGUCAUCAUGUUUAAGACAGAAGUGCUAAAGUGUAGAGUGGCUCUGAACCCAAAGAGCUACCAGACUCUGCAGCUGAAAGUCACCCCAGAGAACGCUGGUCCAUGGUCACAGGAAGAACUUCAAGUCCUGGAAAAGUUUUUUGAAACCAGGGUUGCAGGCCCACCCUUCAAGUACAACACUCUAAAUGCCUUUACAAAGCUGCUGGGGGCUCCUACCAACAUCCUCAGAGACUGUGUUCGAAUUAUGAAGCUUGAAUUGUUCCCUGAUCAGGCAGCCCAGCUUAAAUGGAAUGUUCAGUUCUGUCUGACCAUCCCUCCCAGCGCCCCUCCUAUUGCCCCUCCAGGAACCAUCGCUGUAGUGCUCAAGACCAAGAUGCUUUUCUUUCUCCAGCUGACACAGAGGCUACCAGUGCCUCAGGAGCCCAUCAGCAUCAUUGUGCCCAUUGUGUAUGACAUGGCCACAGGGCUAACGCAGCAAGCUGAUAUCCCCCGCCAGCACAGCUCCUCUGGUGCUGCUGCACUCAUGGUCAGCUCCAUCCUCAGGAGGUUCAAUGAGCACCACCCAGCCCGACCAGGAGAAUGCACCAUAUUUGCCUCUGUUCAUGAACUCAUGGCUAAUCUCACGCUGAACCCCGGUGGACGGCCAUAAAAGAACUAAAUUCAGCAAGACUGAAUUCUCCAGUCUAAGCUGAGAAUAUUGCCUUUGCUUGCUGUAUGGACAACUGAAUAUUUUACAGCCACUGAAUAUUUUCUUCAGGUGUACAAAAUUAUGUCAUUAAAGGGAGAGAAAAUGUGAUGGAACACCUUUUGGUUUUCUUUCAUAUACAUAGCAUAUGUGAACGAAUGAAGGAUGAAGGACCGUGCAUCUGAGACUGUACUUCUUGAGAGUACCAUGCAUACUUCUAUAAAUUCAGGACUUGUUUCAGAAAAGAGGAAGAUUUAUUUUUGUUCGAUGCACUUCUUAAAAGUUUGAAAUUAGGAAAAAAUAGGAUUGUUUACCUUCAACUGUACAUUUUUUAUUGUUAUUUUAAUGUCUACCUUUAAGAAACAAAGCAGUUUGCAAAAAACUUUAUUCAUUUUUUUAUAUUGCAGGAUAUCAAUACUGUGUUGAUAUUGGCAAAGUAUUCUUUAUUAUGACACUAUUUAAUGUCUUUUUUUAUGUCAUAACUUUGACCUCUCUCAUUAAACUGGUCACAUUCAAUACUGUCAAGGUUGUGGCAGACUUUCUAAAUAAGCCGUAUUUUAUUAUGACUGCAUUUGAAUCUGAGGUAAAAAAAGUAGCUUGUACUUCUGUCUGUCUUUAUUACUGUUGAAUAAACAUUUUAAUUUGU